AUGCCCCGACAACACGAAGGAUACACCCAACUCCCCGAGAUCGAGACAGCCGCGUCUCCUCAAAGCCAUGGGACGACCGUUCACCUCCGCAACAUUGCUGCUACCCUCGCUGCAAGAUCAUUCUCUCGGAUCGAUGUCCUCGACAGCCUGAUGCCGCUCUCCCGCGACCCCUGGUCCAGCACCCCUACCUUGAUCAGCUCCGGCACCAAGGCCACUCUCCGACCCAAGUCGCGACAGCACUAG